AUGUGGAACCCAACCUUAAAACUUAUUAAUGGGUCCUUAUGGAUACUAAACCACGGUGACCAAGACAUUUACGAAUGUCCCCCAAAUAAUUUAAUUGAAUUUCAAGUUGGUAUUUGGAAAUUAGACUCUUGGGAUAUGGAAGGAUUUGAGAUUUAUGCAAAUGAUGUUUAAAUAGAAAAUUUAAAAUUGAAUUUUCCUGAUGGAACGAUGAUAUGUAGAAAUGAAAUAUGGAAAGAUUUAUUGUAGCCACUUUCAUUUAAAUUGUAAAUUGCUGGAACUGAUUUAACUAUAAAGUUAAAAGACAACAUACAAACUGAUUCUUGGCUCGAGGAUCUUUUGGACGGUUUCAAUUUGAAUGAUUUCUAGAAUCUUGGGGAUUCAGAGAUUUUAUUUUAAGGCUUGCUAUUCCAUGUGUUUAUCUUUAUAGUGAGUGUAAUUACACUGGAGCAUUAUUUUAAAUAUGUUAAGGUGAAAAUCUAAAUUACAAAACUAAAUUCCUAUUGAAAUCAAAUCAAUACUUAUGGGGCCUGGAAUAUUUAUAAAAUUGA